GCUCGGAGCCUGGGAUGGCAGGUGACUCUGGGAAGAUGGAAGACGGCCUCCAAGAGUGGAUCGGCAGUGCCUACCUGUUUGUGGAAUCCAUGAUGGAGAAAGUAAUUCUGCCUGACCUAUACGAAGAUUCUCAGUGGAAGCUGGCAAUAUUUCGGGUCCUUAAAUUGGCACUGGCAGGAUGCACCGGGAGCCAGGACGGAGCCCAGAUUCUAAAGAUCCAUUGCAGCAACCCGAAGCUUAUCGUGCAGCUGAAGUUCUGCGGGCAGGAGCCAUGCAGCCGCUUCCUCCGGAGCUAUCGCGAGGGGGCUCUGCUGGCCGCCCUCCAGGACAGCCUGGUGGCUUUGCUGGGCCACACCCAGGACCUGAUGCUGCACCUGGAGCUUCGCGUGGGCUCUGAGCGCCUGGAUUUGAUGCUUCAGGAGGAGGAGCGCUGCCUGCGCUGCAUCCGACAGGCCAAGCCGGACUGGCUCCGAGACGAGGAGAUAGGUGAGCUGGAGGAUGCUUUCCGAAGCCUGACCUGCGAUCCCGGGGGUGGUAAAUACUUGGCCCCAGCCCCAAAGGCUUCAACCCCGGAGGUCCCAGCCCCGAAGACCCCAGCCCACUUGCUCCCUCAGUGCACACCGCCAAAGACCUUUAUGUUCCAGGGACAGCAGAUUGCUAAUCGUCCUCUGAGCCUGGAGGGCCAACAGAAGUUCGCCCGCUCCGUGGGCCGCAAGUGGCGGACGGUGGGCCGGGCACUGAACUGCCGGGCCCUUCGGGAACAUGACCUGGACUCCUUGGCUUACGAAUAUGACCGCGAUGGGCUUUACGAGCAGGCCUUCCAGCUGCUGCAGCGCUUUGUGCUGGCGGAGGGCCGCCGGGCCACCCUUCAGCACCUCAUCGAGGCUCUAGACAAGAGCAGCCUCACCAGCCUGGCUGAGGACCUGUUGGGGCUUCCGGGGCGCCGGGAACACCAGGAACAAGAAGGGGAAGAAGAUUAA